ACUUGAUGCAAAUACAAUGCAGCCAGUGCAAUGGGGAACAAUGUCGAUGGUCGACGCGGAAAGAAGGCUCCUAGCAAACGCGCUUCUAGAACCUUCCAACCAGAGAUUCGUACUAGUUUCCGAUUCAUGCAUCCCCAUCUUCAACUUCACCACGGUGUACAACUACCUCACCGGAACAAACCUCAGCUUCCUCGGUUCGGUCGACGACCCCCGUCGUGUGGGCCGCGGCCGGUACAGUCGGCGGAUGUCGCCUAAGAUAACCCUCGGGCAGUGGCGGAAGGGCUACCAGUGGUUCGAGAUCCACCGUGACCUGGCGGAAAAAAUCAUCUCCGACCGGAAAUACUACGAUCUUUUCGUGAAGUUCUGCUUCCGGCGGCCUUGCAUCGGCGACGAGCACUAUUUGCCGACCGUGGUGAACAUUCUCUACCCGGAGAUGAACUCCAAUAGGUCCGUGACGUGGGUUGAUUGGUCGGUGGUUGGGCCCCACCCGAGGGAAUUCGAGCGGGCCGAUGUGAAUGUUGAAUUGUUGGAUCGGAUCCGAUUUGGAUCCGAGUGUGUGUACAAUGGGAAUACUACAAAUGUGUGUAAUCUUUUUGCUAGGAAAUUUCUGCCUAGUGCAAUUGUGCCUUUGUUGAAGGUUGCUCCAUUGAUUCUAGGCUUUGAUCCUUGAUAAAUUAAUUUUUC